UCAAGGCAGUUUUGUUUUAGUGUGAGUUGUAGGUUCGUGUUCAUUCAACUUGUGUAUCACGGUGUCGAAUCGAAACUAAUCGUGAACACUCUAUAAGUGUAAUCUAUUUAUUUUAGAAUUAAUCCAUAAUUUAAUGUCGAAAUCUUUCAGCCAAUAUUCACUCUGUUCUGUUUGUAAAACGAACCACUGUACUGGAAAAAAACAUGUCUACUCCAGAAAACAUCGUGAAACUGUUGAAAACUUGUUACGAAAGUUUAAUAUGAAGAUACAGGAAGGUUUAUGUCUGUUACAUAAUCCAGUAAUCCACGACAUGUAUUGGGAGCAUACAAAGAAGUUUUGGUGUUAUUUUUGUGCGAAAGAGGUAGAAAGACACGAGAUUCAGGGAGAUGUCAGCAUUUCUUAUGGUGGAUUGUUAAAACACUUGGCUAGUGAGGACCAUUUGAAGGCAUUGAAACAUUUCUGGUGGCAAAAUAAGCUUGACAAAUCAAAGAUGUCAACUUACAGUAUUUCAGUGGAAUGUUUAGAUAAAUUUCUGAAACUGAUACCACAGAAAAUUGAAGAAUACUUGAAGAAACUAGAUCAUUUGCAUAAAAAGGACAUUGAACAUAUGCGUUUUGUUGAGCAACAAAGAAUGCAACUUGUUCAAGACACAAAGAUUGAGUCUGCUAUAGAACAACUUCCUCUCAUGUUAGCUGGUGACUCACAACCAAUUGCAUCAUCCUCAAUGUAUCAGAAUGAAGUUUUCAACACCAGAAAAACAACAAGAACAGAGAAAAAUAUAUUUACAGGAGCACUUCCUCCUUGGCUUCAAAAUGACCAGGAAGAAAAAAGUACUUUACAUGUAUUACCUGUUGGUCAUAGAUCUAAAGAUUUGAUUGGUCCUACUGCAGAAGAAUUCUUAAAACAUGUUGCAAAGAAGAGCAAGAGGCACUUAAACCCUCAAAGAGUUGGUGCUAACUUUGAUCAUAACACACCAAACUCUGGAGAAUGGCUGCCAUCAUUUGGCAGAGUGUGGAAUUUUGGAAGACGUUGGCAGUCAAGACAUCAGUUUAAACAAGAGUUGGGAAAAAUACGAAAAGGGAAGAAAAUGACAGGUUUGUCUGAAUCAACCAGGUCAUCAUUCAAAAGAAGAAAACUUUAGCUUAUAGCAUAGUGAAAAGUGCACUCCUCCUAACUCUUUAGAAAUUUCAUUGAUGUAGUUUUGUCCAUAAAAACAAGCAUUUUUUAGUUGUUAUUGUUGUACAAAUCUAAACACUUUAAUGAUAUUGACAUUUUUUCUGUAUUAUUGAAUAUUUAAAUUUAUUUUCACAGAAUAAAAAUCAACGUUUCAUGUGACUGGUGUAAUUAAUUAAUAAACAUUUGAGUGUGAGAUAGUAAGUACAAGAAAAUGGUUUUCAAAUCUGGAGACUACUGUUAUUUAAUUAUUUUUACCUUUUAGAAUUUUUUAUAGAACUUGAAUUUUUUUUGUUGGUAUAAUGAUGAUUUUUGAUUAUCUGGGAAAUGAUUCUGUUACAGUUCAUGUGACUUAUAAAGUGCUUAUUUGGACAUGUCAGCCACUUGUAAAUUUCUGCAUUUUCCUCAUCAGUUACUGCUUUCUAUUUUUCAAUUUGUUGCAAUGAUUAUGAUCAUCAGUCUUUUGUAGUUAAGUAUAAACUUGAUGAAAAAACUUUUACAAGUAUUAAUAAAUUUAAAACUGGGGAAUUUACUUAGGUAUUUAUAUACAUUA